ACCCAACCAUAAUGAUUUAUAAAGUAAAGGCGGUCGUAUCUUUUCCUUUCCUAUUCUUUCUCUCUCUCUCUCUCUUUUUAUUUUCUUCCUAUUUUAUGAUUGGGUUAUCAUUUCCCCCCUAAAUUAUGUAGGGUUUCCGGUUAUUCCUUAAUGGACCUUUAGCAUUCCCUUGGGGUUAAAUAAAUAGGAAGAGAAGGGGAAUUUACAAAAGCUCUAAUUUUUGUCUUUUGGUGGCAUUUCCUUGAUUCCUUUCAUUUCUCAAGAAUUCUCCAAAAUCAUAUUUUUGGAGGUUCUGAGAAUGGAGACGCAGAAGCUAGAGAGUCAUAUGCAAUCAGCUGCAGCUUUUGUGCAAGGGGGAAUCCAGGAUGCCAAUGACGAUUCUUGUAGCAUAUGCCUUGAGGAGUUUUCUGCUAGUGAUCCUUCUACGGUGACUAAUUGUAAGCAUGAGUUUCACCUCCAAUGUAUUCUUGAAUGGUGCCAGAGAAGCUCACAAUGUCCAAUGUGCUGGCAAGCCAUUAGCUUGAAGGACCCUGCAAGUCAAGAAUUGCUUCAAGCAGUAGAAACGGAAAGGAGCAUUAGGGUUACUGCACCAAGAAAUGCUGCCAUAUUUCACCAUCCCGCCCUUGGUGGUUUUGAAUUGCAACAUUUGCCGGUUGGUGUAAAUGACCCUGAACUUGAAGAGCGUAUAAUUCAGCACUUGGCUGCUGCUGCUGCAAUGGGAAGGACCCACCAUGCUGGUAGGAGGGAGGGCCAGAGAAGAUCUGCUCAUAGUCACCAGCACUUCUUGGUGUUUUCUCAUCCUAGCACACAGCACCCUGGUUCUGGAUCAUCAGCUCAGACACAGACAGCAGGAGAAUCUGAAGCACCUGCAAUCACCGUAGCCACGCCAUCCGGUCCACUAUCAUCUAGAGAUGAGGCUUCUCCAUUUCCUUCUAGUCAGAAUACAUCAGCUUCUGGAUCUACUGUCAGUCCUCUGGAUAGACGAGGAUUUUCCUUUAAUAAUCGAAGCACUUCUAGUAAUUCCUCAUUGCCAAAUCAAGAGGAAGCAGGACCAUCAGAGUUGCAGUCAUUUUCGGAGUCUAUAAAAUCCAGACUUAAUGCAGUGUCCUUGAGAUACAGGGAGUCAAUUUCAAAGAGUACAAGAGGCUGGAAGGAGAGGUUGUUCUCACGUAGUUCUUCUAUGUCUGAUAUCGGGAAUGAAGUUCGUCGAGAAGUGAGUGCAGGAAUAGCUAGUGUAUCUCGUAUGAUGGAGCGUCUUGAAAUCAAUGGAAAUAGCAGAGAACACCAAGCUGCUUCUCUGUCACAACAUUUAUCUGAACCUUCUGUUACAGAGCAAGACAAUCAGCGUAAUACAGGGCCGCGUGGCAUUAUCCCUUCACGACCUCCACAUGCCACUAGUUCUCUUUCUAGAUAAGAAAAAUUAUUUCUGCAAAUUGAAUCUAUCCUCAGCUUUUCAUCUCUGUAGGUUCUUGCUUCUCCAGAGAUGACAGUCUGAGGAAAUGAUGGUCUGCAUUUUUUUUUCCUCGUGGACAAAGAUUCCUGGAGGUUAUUAAAUGGAAGAGGGCAUUUCCAUCUCGAUAUAUAUAGAGAGAGAAAGUGAGAGACUUUAUAUGGUUUUAUGAUGUAUCUGUAUCUGUAUAGCCUGCUUUAGUGCAAUAUAUGUAUUUAUGUCUCGUAACUGAUGGCUAAUUUGAGUGCGAAACAAUGAAACUUGAUGGAUUAUGAAACAACAUCCUUCAAAUAAUUUGCUAAAA